AUGUCAAUCGCAUCUGCUUUGGUAAAGGAGAUCAUUUUUGUUUCGAUCUCUUUAUAUCAUAUACCCACAACUCAGACAUUUCGACGGUCUUUCCCGCACUCCACGUCUCGCUGGAUAUCCCGGUCCUUCUCUGCCAGACCUGCCAUGACUAUCCCCUCCAGCAAGAUCCGCGCACCCUGGCGUGACGUUUUUGAUUCGCAUUUCAAUAAAACUCCCGACUACGACUUCACCAUUGCCACAGUUGGGUAUGAUACCUCAGGAUGCCCAGUGCCCCGGGUGCGAACCUGUGGCUUCCGUGGUUUCUUUCCAGAGCUCGAGCUUCACCCGAAUGGGAGAAAGGACAUGGCCCAGCAAGUGGAGGAUGCUGGAAACCCACCGAUCUACGAAAGCGACAUGUUAACAUUUACGACGGAUAUCCGAAUGGAAAAAUUGGGCCAGAUCCAAUCAUCAGGGAAUGCCAUUGAAGCCAUGUUCUGGCUCAAAGAUUUGAAAGUACAGUGGCGCAUCAAAGGGAAAGCAUAUCCAAUUGGCGAUCCCAAUGGAAAGGAAAAUACAGGGGAAUGCAUAUCUCAGGAAGCAAUUAAACCCGGCCUGAGAUUGAAGACUCGCGAUGAUCUUGCAAAGUGGACGUGGGAGAAGGCCGUGACCAAGUAUUUUGCCAAUCAUUCUCCUACAAUGCGCGGCUCCUUCCGUAACCCAUCUCCUGGUAAACCAAGAUCCCAGACACCCGAUAACCCAGAUUUGCAAUUCGGACAGAGAGUCACAGACCUCCACGAUCCUAUCGCGCGGGCAAACUUCAGAGUUGUUGUCAUUGUGCCUGAGGAGGUUGAACAUCUAGAUGUUUCUGACCUUGAUGAUGCUCGACGAAGGAGCUGGAAGUUAGUCAAGCACAGCCAUUUAGAGAGCCAGUCCGACAGUCUCUGGGUAGAAACAGAACUAUGGCCAUGA